UUCAAAUCAUUGUUCUUGGGAAGACAAGACACUAAGUGGGAAUUACUCAAGCGUGCUGUGAGCUAUCAGAAAUGCCUUCGAGCUGGUGGCAAGCACAAUGACUUGGAGAAUGUUGGCCGAGAUCUGCAUCACCAGACGUUUUUCGAGAUGCUUGGUAACUGGUCAUUUAACAAUGCGUACUCCGAGGAAGAAGCGUGCAGAUUGGCGUGGUACUUCCUCACAGAUAUCCUUGAUAUUGAUCCAGCUCGGCUAUAUGUCUCAUACUUUGGCGGUUCGAAAGAAUGGAAUCUUCCACCUGACGAAAACUGCAAAAGGAUCUGGCUUAAAAUCGGGUUACCUGAGUCUCAUAUUUUACCAUUUGAAAAGGAAAACUUCUGGGAAAUGGGAUUUACUGGUCCAUGUGGACCAUCUAGCGAAAUUUUCUACGAUCGCGUUCCAGGACGAAGCGAUGCAGCCCGUUUAGUGAAUGUUGAUGAUUCGAUUGUUGAAUUGUGGAAUAUUGUUUUUAUUUCCUUGAACAGGUCAUCUACUGGUCGCCUAGAAUCUCUUCCCAAUAAUCAUAUCGACACAGGUAUGGGACUGGAGCGCUUGGCUUCAGUUUUGCAAGACGUGCCUUCGAACUUUGACAUUGAUAUAUUCGCUCCUAUUAUGAAGCAUAUAUCUACCUUUUCCAAAACGGGUGCCUACGGUGGACGUAAUGGUUCGUCUGAUGUUAACGAGCGCGACGCGUCAUACCGCAUUAUUGCCGAUCAUCUAAGAGGAAUUGUAGUUUCUCUGGCCGAUGGUGUUGUGCCUAGCGCUGUCGAUUCAGGAUUCAUUAUUCGUAAAAUGUUACGAAGAUCAUUUUGGCAUGCUGUGAGCCGGUUAGGAAUGGAUCGCUUCGCAUGUUCUGAUCUUGUUCAUGUUGUUGUUGACACCCUGAGGCCAGCAUAUCCAGAGCUGUAUAGCUGUGCUGAGAGCGUAGCGAAGUGUGUGAUGGAGGAGGAGCAUCAGUACUGGAACAUUAUAGACAAAGGAUGUACUAUAUUCGAACAAAUGCGGGUGAAAAUCCCUGAGAAUAUGAAGGUCUUUCCAGGGGAAGAUGCUUGGUUUCUGCAUGAUACUCAUGGCAUUCCUAUUGAAAUCACAGAAGAUCUGGGCAGAAAAUAUGGCCUUACCGUCGAUAUCAAAAGAUUUGAGGAACUCAAGGAAGAAGCGAAGAAGCUUUCUCAAAGCACAAGUCAAUUUUCCGGCUCAGUUUCCAUAGACACCACGGGAUUGGAGAGUUACUCAGAUGACGCAAAAUAUGAGUACUUUCUGGAGAAGAACGGAUCGUAUUCAUUUCCUCAAAUUAGCACCAAGAUAGUGGCCGCCUUUGAUCAGGAUAAACGGGUACCAUCGUUUGCAUCAUCAGGAUCGGUGGUGUUGGAAAACUGCCAGUUCUAUGCGGAGGAAGGUGGCCAAAAGAGUGACACAGGCGUGUUGGAGGUGAACGAGGUACGUUAG